AUGUCCAGUUGUAAUGAUGAUUACAUAUCAAUUCUUCCUAACUGGUAUCCUUUUUUAUCUAUUAUAAUAUCAUUAUGUGGAUUGUUAGGAAAUUUUCAUACACUUAUAAGGUCAGACCAAAGAAAACACAAAAAAUUAUCAAGAUAUGUACAUGGACUUUGUAUAUUUGAUGUUGCAAUUUUAUUACUUAUCGUAACUAAUAAUGCAUCCAAUUAUUCAUAUUAUAAUUUUUUUAAUUUUUCUAAAAAUAUAAAUACUGUUGAAGAUGAAUUUAUUACUAAUUUUGAUGGCAUUAAAUAUGACAAUAGUACAAUAUCAAAUCCAAUAAAAAAUAUUUUAUCAAUUUUAUUUGAACCAAUUAAAGAUGUCUAUGUUACAGCAAGUAGUUGGAUGUUAACUGUUAUAACAGCUAAAAGAUAUUUAGCAGUAGCAAAACCUUUCAAAGAACGUAUAAGAUCUAAAAAUAAUCCUAUAUGGAUAUGCUUAUUAAUUUCUUUAAUAUCAAUUAUUGUCAAUGUCCCAAGAGCAAUUUUUGAAAAUUUAAACUCGAGUUGUUUGAAUUUAAUAACAGGAAGAAGUAGUAUAAAACUUAAUGACUAUACUUAUGUACUUUAUAUUAUUUUUGCAAGAAUAUUAAUAGAUCUCAUUUUUACGUGUCCAUUUCCACCACUUUUAAAUAUUUUAUUAACAUUUAAAAUUUUACAUUAUCGUCAUAACUACUUGAGAAGAUCCAUAAACAAUACAAAUUUUGAUAGUCAUAAAAUAACUACUAAUGAAAAUUUAAUGGAUUAUAUGCCAUUUAGAAAAUCUUCGAACUUUCGGUCAUUGAGUAAAACAUCUACAACUACUCUUCAAUUGUUUGGAAAUGAGAGACGUUUAAAGAAUGAUAGUUUUAAAAGCCAACUUUUUUUAACAUUACUAAAUGGGAAAUUCUUUAUAUGUAAUGCUAUUCAUUUAAUAACUAUCUUUCUUAGAUGGACAAAAAAUGAUAUUAUAUCUGAUGAAACAUUAGAAUUGUUAAAAGAAAUUAAUAUUGCUGCUAUAAUACUUCAUAGUUCAACAAAUUGGAUUAUGUUCGCAAAGUUUAAUACAAGAUCUCUUAAUACUAAAUGUAUUCCCGAUUAUCAAAUAUUUGAUAAUCAUGAAAAAAAAAUAUUGACAACUAUGUGGUCACAUAUUGAUGCUUCAGGAAUGGGUAAAGAUCUUCUUAUAACAUUAAUAAUUGAUAAUCCAUUAUUAAUUAGAAGUUUGAUACAUGAUACAAAAGAUAAAAAAUUUUAUAGUCGUGAAGAGUUAGAACAAAUGCCUAAAAUACAAUUUGUUGGCAGUAGAAUUGGUUGUUUUAUUGAAAGUAUGAUGACAACAUUAAAAAAUGUUAAUAUGUCAAAAAAUGAUUUUGUUAAAAUUAGAGCAGAAUUACGUCAUGUUGGAAUGAUUCAUUAUAUAGAAAGAGUAAAAAUUAAUUCGCAAGAUUGGUUUUCAAUAAAAAGAUACUUAGUUAGAAAAAUGAUGAAAGAAUGUGAGUGUGUUGUAUCAACAUCAAAAAAUACAUGUUCACAAAGUCAUUCAAAAAUUCAUAAUGAACAAUUAUUAGUUGCUAAUAAAUUUUCAAGUUUUCUUAUACAUGAAUUAAAAAAUGGUUUUGUUUGUGAAACUGUUAGAACAUCUCAUGCCAAUGGUAUGGAAAGAGGUGAAGGAAGUUGUAUUGGUUCAGGUGUAAUAUUUUCAUCGACUGGUAAUUUAUUACCACAUAAUAGUAUUGGUUCUACAAUAAAUAGUAAUAAAAAUUUAGCUAAAAUGUCAACAGCAAGCUGUUCAUUACCAAUAACAAAUUAUAAUUCAUGUACUAUUAGAAAAAAUAAUUUUUAUCGACAAAUUAGUCAAACAUCACAAUGUCCUCAUAAAAUGUCAACAUAUAAAUCAAGUAAAAAAUUUAUAAUAGGUUCAAGAGAAUCAUUACAAUCAUCAAGACAAUCAAGUAUUGAAAAUACCAGUACAUCACCAUCUUCUAUAGAAUAUUUAUAUUCAAUAAAAAAAAGAAAUAAUGAUGAAAAAGAUAAAGAUGAUAAAAUAAAUGAUUCAAUUAAAGAUAUUGAUGUCAAUAUUAUGUAUGUAUAA